AUGUCACUACCACAGGAGAGCAGCAAAGAAGAUCUACCUAAUACCAGGGAAGAAAUUAAUAACGAAUCAAGCGGCACUACAAGCGACAAUGUCUUAUUGAAACAACUCGGAUAUAAGCCUGUACUGCAUCGUACAUUCAACCAGUUUCACAGUUUCGCUACCACAUUCGCUGCCCUCUAUUUCAUUGGCGGUGUCCGCGUUACCUUUUCUACUGGUAUUGCUGCUGGUGGAAACCUUGCAUACUGGACUAGUUAUAUCAUCACUUGCGUCUUCACCUUUAUAACAGCGGCUGUCAUUGCAGAGAUUUGCUCAUCCCUGCCACUAGCGGGCUCUAUCUACUUUUGGGCGGCUGAAGCCGGUGGUCCUCGGUUCGGCAGGCUGUUUGGAUUCAUUGUUGCGUGGUGGAGCACUACCGCAUGGACGACAUUCUGCGCCAGUAACACCCAAGCGGCCGUUAACUACAUGCUUUCUGAAAUCGCCGUCUUUGGUAGUGAUUUCCCAUCCGACUCCUCUAGUAUCAAAUUUCGGUCUGUUCAAUGGAUUCUUACAGAAGUGAUGCUCGCGCUCGCUUGUAUUUGGAACUUGUUACCACCUCGAUAUUUCAAGUGGAUUUUCACCUUAUCCACGGGUGUUGUUGUCCUUGAUUUUGUCCUUAACCUGAUCUGGCUCCCGAUAGCAACGAGUAGGACGGUCGGAUUCCGCUCUACGCAUGAUGCUUUCAUGACAACGUACAACGGCACAGGUGCACCUCCAGCGUGGAACUGGUGUCUUUCGUACCUUGCCACUGCUGGUAUUCUAAUUGGAUUCGAUGCUUCAGGCCAUGUUGCCGAAGAGACUCAGAAUGCCUCUGUUGCGGCAGCAAGGGGUAUUUUCUGGAGUACGGUUGUUAGUGGUAUUGGUGGCUUUUUCGUCGUUAUUCUCUUCCUAUUCUGUGUGAACACCGCAAUCGCUGUGCUUGCCGCCUCGCGCUUGGUCUUUGCUGUGGCACGAGACGGCGUUCUCCCAUGGUCAGGCUGGGUCUCCAAGGUCGUGGCAGGUCAACCCAGGAACGCAGUCCUCGUUGUCUGGGGUGUUGCAUCUGUCAUCACUUGCACCAUUCUUCCUUCAGCCGUUGCCUUUACAUCGCUCGUUUCUGCAGCUGGUGUCCCUUCAGCUGCUGCAUACGGACUUAUUUGUCUCUCGCGGCUUUUCCUCACACCAAAGAACUUCCCCAAGCCUGCUUGGAGUCUGGGACGAUGGAGUAAGCCUUUCCAGGUAAUUGCUGUUUUCUGGAACGCCUGGGUCGUCGCCAUCCUGUACUCGCCGUACAUCUUUCCCGUUAGUGGAGAAACCCUCAACUACGCACCUGUUAUCAUGGCCGUCACUACCAUACUGGCCUUGAUUACUUGGUGGAUUAUUCCUGCUGAAAAGUGGCUGCCAAGUCAGAGAAUCCAGCAAACUUUAGACGCCGAUAUCAAUGCUGGUCUUCAUCAAGAAACAGAGCUCAAGUGA